CAUAAUUUUUCGGCGGACCGUUACUGCGCUGCUGAUAGUGCAGUAGUCACGCGUGUCACCUUCUGGUGGGUUUCAGUUGCGGGUCUUAAGCGUAGAAAACAUUAGCACAUCGAAGUUUUGGAUAGUGCGAGAGCUUCGUAAUUGACGAUCGAUUCAACAUCAGGCCUUCGGAAGUCCUAUCGCGAAGUCGUGGUGAGAAGUGGAAGUACAGCAAACAGAAAACCACCAUCAAAACAUACAAUACAAGAGAGAAGUCGUGAAAAGCAAGAAUCCAAAAGUUCAAGACGUGUAGUGUUUUAGAGGGCCCCGAAAGGCCAGGCCACAUUCGCCACACACAAGACAAGACCGAGCAGCGCGCGCGAUCGCGGCCAAGAAAAAGAAGCUUAUUAAUAUAUUAAUUUCUUUUUGAUUGAUAUGUUGUGUGUUGAAUGAAAACAUAAAAUCGUGAAAGAAAGAAAAAGCCCGUGGGGUCGGAAGACAAGAUUUCGCGUUGGAGGAGUUGUACGGAACGACACGGCAAAGACGUGCUGUGUGUAUGUGUGUGUGUGUGCUUAUGCGGUGUGUGACCAAAAACGGUGUGCGAUCUGUGUGCGGGGUCCUCCUCGAUUUGUUGAUACCUCCGGGAUUCGACUGGUGUGCAAAGUGGUGUGUCGAAAAAGAUUUACCCGACCGCGGAGCCCUGUAGAAAACGAGGAAUAAAUACAACACCAGGAAUACUUCGGUGGGCGAGUUUUGCGCGAACACCAAAAGAGUAUCAAAACGCUGGCUGGAUCCACAUCCACAGCGAGGACGAUGCUCGAGUGAAGAGGGGUGAAACACGUUUCAUUUAAUUUGGAACCACGUUAACAGAGAGCGAAAAAAAUUGAUUUCGGUCAAGUUCAAAGUGUUUUUGUUUUCUUCGGUUUUCAACGUUUACGCAAAUACAUGGACCCUGCCAAAUCGGAACAAGUUUAUAAAAUUAUCUAUAACAUUGAUUCGCAGAGAGUGAAAAAAAAAACUUUAAAGGAAAUUAAGUGGACCAACCCCGAUCGGAAGGAAGUUUGUGGCUUUUGAUGUGAUGUGACGAUUUUGGUGACAGCAAGAAACACAACGAUAGAAAAUACCGUUUUGUUGCUCAUCUAUAUUUCCAGUUAUAAUCGAUGCUUUUCUUGUUUGAAGUGAUCUCUGACACACAAUUGCUGUAGAAGUUCAGAAGAGCCGCAGCAUCCGCACCAUCAUCACUGCCGCUGCCGCCGCCGCCAUAUCAUCAACAGACCCAACGGCUCCGCCAUGAGUGUGCAGCGCUACAAAUUAAUAUUUAUACUGAUAUUUUUCAUCCACAUCGCAGCCGGCAAUGAACCGCAUCCGAGAUCGCCCGGUGCCGGCAGAUCUGGCGCGGUCAAUUUAGCCCCAGAUCACAAUGGGCGCUCACAAUUCUCACCACGCCUAGAAUAUAACGAAUGGCUUCCCGUCGGUCGAGGAGAUCCGCUGAAGAACGAUCCUACUUACGACUAUAGUCCACCAGUGCUGGAACGAGUCCGGUACUGGCCCGAGAACCUAGCCAACAAAGACAAAGGAAAAGACAUUCUAUUGCUUGGUGUCCCUUCGAUGAAAUCCAGUACAAAAGUCGACCAACCAUGGUCCAACGGCGGACCGAUGCGACGAAAUUACUACCACCACCAAAUCAACCAGUUACCAACUGUUUUAAUGCCACCUCCUAUGAACAAUCAUCUACAACCAGACGGGGGUGAUAUAUUCCUCUGGACACAAGCCACCACACGCCAAACGCAACGAUUCGACACGCAAGGUGAGGCAUUCCGAUAUAAACCAGCACCUCCGACACCAGCAACGCCUCAGCAGCCGGAGCAAAGCUAUAUCAGUCAAUACUCAGGUGUAAAAUAUACCGAACCAACAACGCAUGUUAUGACCAAUCCAUAUCAGCAACAGCCACAAUCAACUCAACAAUACACGACUACCAUACGGCUCACAACCCCCCAUGACAUGAGUCGAAGGAAACCGAUUCUUCACACAAUCCUGCAAAACGAGAAGGCCCACCCGUUCACCAAGCCUUCCAAACCACCCACACUGAUUGAGCUGACUUCAAACUUUUACAACCCACAAAACAUUAAUGCUCUGGCAACCACCAUAAUCCAUCCCCCACAAACAACGGAAUACCUAAUUACGGAAUCCUCCAAAAUACCAACGAAAGUCAGCACCGAAAUUCGGGCUCCUUUCGUAACCCCUGCCGCAUUCGUGACACCUUUGUUCACCUCCACAACCCCAAAAGCAACAACUAGCACAACUACAUCAACAUCAACUACAACCACUACCACCACAACCAUGGCACCUCCCCCGGCGGUGACAGCGGACUCACUGUUCUCCCACUACAAUCGGCCUGCAAUUCUGCCCAAAGGACCACACUAUCUGAUCAUCGAAGGUCACUCAAAGGUGAAAACUUACGGUCUGAAUACCAACGACACGCUAAUGAUGCUCCCAAAGAUGAUACCCGUUGCCAGUUUGCGGGACCCGUUGGUUCGACGGGUUGUCAACAGAGAUGAGACAGGCGGUUCGGUGGGUGUGCGGCGUGUCCCGGUUCAAUCUACUGUCGCGCCGGCCAUGUCAUCCGAGGAAGAAACCAGCGAGGAGAGGUCAGCCGUUGGUUCGCUUCUCAGUCUGCUGGAUUCGUCUUUCGGGGAUUAUCUGGUGGGAGGGGACACCGGCGGGAAUUCGAUCGAUAGUAAAGACAUCAAUAAGGAUUCUAAGGCCAGAAGGAAUAUACAGAACGCACAGGAUAGAAGGAUUUAGAUCUGGAAAUGGAAAGUUAAGUCUGGGGAACGACAAUGGUUACCGGAAAGGAAUCGUGGUGUAGCUGAGUUUUGAGCGGAAAAAAUGCAAUGCAAUGAAUGCUCGACGCGUAUCUAAUUUGUUGUUAUGAUCAUGUAAAAUUGCGGUUGUUGUGUUUGAAGAACAAAUUAAGUGUUCGUAGGUUUUUAAUACCACCACUAUUAUUUCGUGGUGUUGAAUAUUUAAAGUACCAUUUGUAUAUAAUUGAUAUAGAUAUAGUUUAGUGAUUAAGAGAGAAUAUGAAGGAGAUAACUGUAUUGUGUGAUUCUUCCAAAACAGUCUUGGAAGGUGUCAUUUUUAUCAUUGAUGAAAUGGAAUAUUAAAAAUCGAAUGUACAAAUACAA